AGCUCGGAGCUGGGGGACCCUGAGCAGCUCCGUGAUGGGGAGAAGCCCCACAAGUGCUCCGAGUGUGGGAAGGGAUUCAGGUGCAGCUCUAAUCUGACGAUACACCAGAGGAUCCACACUGGGGAGAAGCCCUACGAGUGUUCUGAGUGUGGGAAGAGGUUUCAGACCAGCUCCUGUCUCUUCCAGCACUAUCUGGUUCACACAGAGGAGAGGCCCUUCUGCUGCCCCGUCUGUGGGAAGGGAUUCAAGCAGAACUCCACCCUCAUCACCCACCGGCGCAUCCACACCGGGGAGAGACCCUACAAGUGUGCGGAGUGUGGGAAGAGCUUCAGAUGCAGCUCCAACCUGAUCCAUCACCAGAGGAUCCACACAGGGGAGAGGCCCUAUGAGUGUGGGGAGUGUGGGAAGAGCUUUACCCAUAGCUCCAGCCUGAUCAAGCACCAGAGGAUCCACACGGGGGAGAGGCCCUACGAGUGUUCUGAGUGUGGGAAGAGGUUUCAGACCAGCUCCCAUCUCCUCAGGCACUAUCAGAGUCACACAGAGGAGAGCCCCUUUUGCUGCCCCGACUGUGGGAAGGGAUUCAGGCAGAAUUCAGACCUCGUCAAGCACCAGAGGAUCCACACUGGGGAGAGGCCCUACGAAUGUUCUGAGUGUGGGAAGAGCUUCAGAUGCAGCUCCAGCCUGAUCCAGCACCAGAGGAUCCACACAGGGGAGAGGCCCUAUGAGUGUGGAGAGUGUGGGAAGAACUUCAGCCACAGCUCCAGCCUGACCCAGCACCAGAGGACGCACACUGGGGAGAGGCCCUACGAGUGUUCUGAGUGUGGGAAGCGGUUUCAGACCAGAGCCAAUCUCUUCCAGCAUUAUCCAGUUCACAGAGAGGAGAGGCCCUUCUGCUGCCCUGACUGUGGGAAGGGAUUCAGGAAGAACUCCACCCUCAUCAAGCAUCGCCGCAUCCACGCAGGGGAGCGGCCCUACGAAUGUGGGGAGUGUGGGAAGAGCUUCAGCCGAAGCUCCCACCUGAUCCAGCACCAGAGGAUUCACACAGGGGAGAGGCCCUAUGAGUGUUCUGAGUGUGGGAAGAGGUUUAAGACCAGAGCCAAUCUCCUCCAGCACUAUCUGGUUCACAGAAAGGAGAGGCCCUUCUGCUGCCCCGACUGUGGGAAGGGAUUCAGGGACAACUCCACCCUCAUCUCCCACCAGCGCAUGCACACAGGGGAGAGGCCCUACGAGUGUCCCCAGUGUGGGAAGAGCUUCAGCUGCAGCUCCAGCCUGAUCAGGCAUCAGAGGAUCCACACCAGGGAGAGACCUGUUGUGAAAGAGAGAGAAAGAGGCGGCGGCAGUUUCGUCAGCAAUUCCACCGCGAGGAAGGAGGAGCGGGGGGAGAUGCAAGUGGCUGGGAUGUAUUUGAGCAGGGAGGACAAAUCCCCGCGGCAGAACCUGGUGGAAGAGGCCGUUUUGAGCGGCUCCACGGCGCAGGAACCCGACGGGGAGGAAAAGCCCCGGAGAUCCCGCACGAGGAGGGGCUGCAAAGGCAGAUCGCGGGGAUCUGAGGGGGAAAGAGCCACCCUGGGCCGGGGAGGCGGCCGGAGACGGAGCCAGAGCUCAGAGCUGGGGGACCCUGAGCAGCUCCGUGAUGGGGAGAAGCCCCACAAGUGCUCGGAGUGUGGGAAGGGAUUCAGGUGCAGCUCUGAGGUGACCAAGCACCAGAGGACCCACACUGGAGAGAGGCCCUACGAGUGUUCCGAGUGUGGGAAGAGGUUUCGGACCAGCUCCUGUCUCUUCCGGCACUAUCCGGUUCACACAGAGGAGAGGCCCUUCUGCUGCCCCGACUGCGGGAAGGGAUUCAGGAGCAACUCCAACCUCAUCACCCACUGGGACAUCCUCACCGGGGAGAGGCCCUACGCGUGUCCCCAGUGUAGGAAGAGAUUCUCACAGAGUUCUGCCUUUACCCAACACCGACGGACGCAGCGGUAA